AGAAGGUCGAAGGAGUUUGUGUAGUGAGCUGGCAAAAGGCUGGCCUUCCUCUCAGUGCGUCCAAGUCAGAAAAAGAGGCGGCGGCUGCUCGCAUUGCAUGCACCAGACGACGCAGGGGCGAGGGAUCAUUGCCCGGCUGAGCACAGCCUCUUCACCUCCUCCCACCAGGAAGACCGCCGCUGGGCCGGUGGGCGAGCGCCGAUGGACUCUAAAUAGUGCGCGACCUAAAUCGCCGACGCCCGGGCGAAAGUCGAUUCGCCAGACGUCGUCGACGAGGAGCCCUUCGAGUCCGGUGACCACAGUGCGACACAACAUCGUCGUGCCAACAACAGCGUCUCAGCAGCUGCACGCCGCGGUUGACAAGAACUGGUGGCCACACGGGGAGCACCAUACCGCGCAUGACGUGAGCACGAGUCGUUUGAAUCGAAGAAGCUGCACUAAAUAAAGAAGGAAUAAUGUACUCGAGGAUAGUAGUUCUGCUCCUCUACGGGUACGCGCUGCGAUCUGCUCAUGCGAGAUGCUACAUAUUCCAGCCAGGAGACCCCAUACAGGACACCGAUGAAAAGAUAUAUCUCGCGCAACCUUUCAACGUGACUAUUCCUUUGGAAGCCGGCGUACCCACCACAGCGCAGCCGGCAUCCACGGGUAAAGAUCAGCUGUCGCUGGUCGUGCCACCCGAUGACAUACAGUCCCUAUCGACGACCACUUCACAGCCUAUAUCGACAGAGGAAAGUCCCAUCGUCGAAACCAACUCCGGUCCGGUGCAGGGCCGAAGGGUAUACGCCGCAAAUAGGACUCUCUACCAAUUCGUCGGCAUACCUUUUGCCGAGCCACCUGUAGGCCCGCUCAGGUUUCGCAAUCCCAUCCCUGUGAAGCCCUGGUCCAGCGUUUACCAGGCAACGAAGAAGCCGUUCCCUUGUCUGCAGACGGACUUCUACAUCAACAGCAACGUGACGAUACCUACGGCUAACUCGAGUGAGGAUUGUCUCUAUCUCAACGUGUGGACGCCUUCUCGGGAAUGCGUCCUAGGAAAGUUCAGCUGCGUUCCAAAGACAGUGAUUGUCUACAUUUACGGAGGAACAUUCAGCUUUGGAAGCAGCGGCUGGGAUUGGUACGAUGGCAAGGAGUUCGUUGCACGCGGAGACGUUGUCAUGGUCAGCAUGAACUACCGCGUCGGUCCCAUGGGCUUCUUCCACAGCGGCACGACGCAUUCCUCGGGCAAUGCUGGCCUUCACGAUCAGCUUCUGGCCAUGAAGUGGGUCAAGCAAAACAUUCGAAACUUCGGCGGAGAUCCCGACGACGUGACGCUGGUGGGUCAGAGCGCGGGCGCCAUCUCCAUAGGCCUGCACCUCGUGUCGCCCCUCAGCAAAGGUCUGUUCAAGAGGAUCAUCAUGGAGAGCGGCAGCCCUUACUUCCGCAUUGCGGACAACACCAGAGAAGGCCCUCACAAAGUGGAGAAGUUGGCCCGAGCACUGCAGUGCGCGAGAAACGACAUGACCAUUGAGUCUCACAUGGCAGAAAUGGUUGAGUGCUUGCGCAAGAUCGAUGGCAAGGAACUUCUGAUCAUGUCGAACACGAUAUUCGGAGUGCACGCGUUGACAUUUUUCCCCGUUUUCGGGGACGACAUCAUUCCGGACGAUCCGUACUUGAUGAUGGAGCAGAAGAAGUUUCACAAGGCAGACCUCCUCAUCGGAAACAACCUUGACGAAGGCAGCUACUUCGUCUUCUAUCUCUUCGGUAGAGCUUUAGAUCUGGAGCAGGCUCACAAGAUCACAAAAUACGAGGUGGACCUCUAUGUCUCGUACUGCCUACAAAUGCUUUUACGAAAGAACGUAUCACCCAUCCGUCACUACUACCUCAGCCACAUUGGUGAACGCGAGAACAUCAAGGCCCUUCAGAAGGCUGCUGAGGCGGUAGGCGACUUCGCCAUGAUUUGCCCUACCAAGUAUUUCGCCGAGAGCUUCGCGUCCAUGAACAACAAGGUCCACUACUACUACUUCACGCACCGACCGUCGUUCAGUACUUGGCCUGGUUGGGUCGGGCCCACACACGGAGACGAGGUGUUCUUCGUGAUGGGGCUUCCCUUCAGCAGCCCUGCGAUUGCCACCGACCAGGAGAGAGAGCUGUCGAAGCUUAUGAUCGAAACCUGGACAACAUUCGCGAAAACUGGGAAAGUUCCCGACGUCGCCAGCAAGCCGUGGCCAGAGUUCACCGCGAAGAACCAAGUCUACAUGGAACUGAACCCGAAGAGAUAUACCUAUGGUCGGGGACCCAACGAGAAGAACUGCAAUUUCUGGAAAAGUUACCUGAAGCCCUGAGAUGGAGGAUUCGCCGUUGUUGAGUGCUGCGCGAGCGACAGCAAUUGACUGAUUCGUCUUGUGCGUUUUAUCGUUCCACUGUUACGGCAACCACAUAAGGUUGACGUGAAGUGCGUAUCUAACUUAAGAUAUCUGAAAGACCGCAAUCUACCUGAUUGUCUUUGUAUAUAGCUGCAAAUACUUUCAACGAAACAUGCUCAUGAUGGCACUUCCUCGUUGUCUAGUGCUAAUAUGAGGUAUUUCUAACACUGUCACCUCUGUAGUUGAGAUCAUACUAUGUAUGAAUCUAAAAAAAUGGUUUCAUCACUGUU